CCCAGAUCAAGCAGGAGAAAAGAAUUGUGCACUGUAGAAGACUCAGAUCGUCACCACAUCCUCCACACUGCUAUCCUUUCACUUCCCAGCGUUGAUUGGGAGUUGUUCACUUGGUGUUGUCUAUCGUCUCAUCUGGUGGUUUUUUCCGGGCUGUUUCUCUUUGGGCUUGGUCGCAUUCCCUUGCUCCAACUUCGUCUCAACCUCACCUCCUCUCCUCCCUCUCCAUCUCUCUCCCACGUAUCUACCACUCCUCCACCAACACUGUUCCGUUCCGGCUAGAGCGUGCUUCGUCGAUUUCCUGCACUCUCAGAACUGCAGUCAGCCUCGCAAGGGGCCUCUCCUGUCCUUGUGGGCGCGUGCUGCUGUUCGUUACCUCUCCCGGUCUCCUGCUUCUCCAAAGCCCAUUGUCUCCGUGCUGUCCUGCCUCUGACUUUCCGAUUUUCUACUCGCACUCGUUAAUAUUCUCCUUCUAUCGUCCCGCCGCGAGAAUACCACCCAUACUCGUGUCUUUACAUAAUAUUGCACGGCUCCUUUAUCUCUUGUUCACGUCAAGCUCCCCUCUCCGUCCUGAACCGCCCAUCCCACGCUCUGUGUUGCGUCCUUCGCAUCGACAAACGGUAUAUCUGCGACAGCAGCUUACUAGAGCUUUACAUUCUAAUCAGCAUCUAAAAUGGUUGUGGCUACCAUCAAAUGUGUUGUGGUCGGAGACGGUGCAGUCGGCAAGACAUGUCUUCUGAUUUCGUACACCACCAACAAGUUCCCCUCUGAAUACGUUCCGACCGUCUUCGAUAAUUAUGCCGUUACAGUGAUGAUUGGAGAUGAGCCAUAUACCCUAGGACUUUUUGACACAGCCGGACAGGAGGAUUACGAUCGUCUACGACCUUUAUCGUACCCGCAGACAGAUGUGUUCCUUGUCUGUUUCUCGGUCACAUCGCCUGCUUCCUUCGAAAACGUUCGCGAGAAGUGGUUCCCCGAGGUCCAUCACCACUGCCCGGGGGUUCCUUGCCUGAUCGUAGGAACCCAGACUGACUUGCGCGAUGACCCAAGCGUACGAGAGAAGCUGGCAAAGCAGAAGAUGCAGCCCGUACGGAAGGAGGAUGGCGAUCGGAUGGCAAAGGAACUGGGAGCUGUCAAAUACGUAGAGUGCUCUGCUUUGACUCAAUACAAGCUCAAGGAUGUAUUCGACGAGGCAAUCGUUGCUGCACUAGAACCAGUUCCCAAAAAGAAGUCGAAGUGUACUAUCUUCUAGCUUUCAAGCUGCAAUGAUACGAAAUACAAUAGACGUCUUCAUACGCUGAGUAACUUGGCCAAUUCACUGUUUCGUUGCUAGUAGGCGUCCCGAGGUCGGCUAGCAAAGCUUCAACACAAAAUUACCAAAUGUACCACUUGGCGGGGGAGACGUGGAUCUGAUGCAUGAUUUGGGAAUUUUUUUAAAGUUGAAGGAAAAGUUGCGAAAAGUGGAAAUUAACGAAAGGACGAAGUAUUCUAUCAUCUAAAUCUGGCCGC